AUGCCUUUUGAUUUAACAGGACAACCUGCCGUCACUUUUUCACUAUUCACGUCCGUUUCACACAUCCUCUGUGAUUGUGAAAGACACACACUGAUUUCUCCAAUAAAUUCUGAAUGGCGAAUGGUAAUAAAUCAAAAUUCGAAGUGGCAAAACGUAGGCAAAAACCGUCUUAACUAGAAAAUUUUCCAACUUGGCUAUAGUCAAAGUUUGUCUAAAUGUUUGCAAUUUGGAUUUAAAAUACUAUCAUUACUAUUUAAAGUUUAACGGAUAUCUCUAUCAAACGUCAAACCCUUCCCUGUUUAGUUUUCAUGGUUAGUGACCCAGAGUACCCCACUAAAGUCAGAAAAUUUAGGAUUUUGACCAGGUAAUUAUAGAUCUUAGGCCAUGCUGGUGGAGUUGAAGAAUUUUGUGUGAAAACAGUGUGUUUAGAAAACCAGAAUUUCUUUGUGAAACCUUUAAGGUAUCCCAUCUGUUCCCACCAGUCUUCAUAAACACUCUCCGAGCUCGAAACCUAUUGUAUCCUCAAAAUUCAUCAUCUUCAAAGCGUAUCCUAAAUCUUGUUAAAUCCUCUAAUCUCUUGAUACGUCAGUUCCAGUACCUUGCCCAUCAAAAUUAAUUUUGCCAAAAAUCCAUUUUCCUAAUGUUUAAAUCUAAGUGGUUUUAUAAUUACUGCAGAGUUAAUGAGGAAGCUCAGCGGGAGGGUUCGGGGGGAGCUAAAUUGAAUUUGUGCUUAUAGUGUAACAAAGAAGCCUAGCCCAAUCAAUGCUGAUAUCUUUUUACUCUAUUCUUUUCCCCUUAAUUCUCAGCUAGGCCCUGAAAAUGGUCCAGCAGUAUCCCCUUUAUAGUCACUGCUCAGUUAUUAUAGAAGGAUAUAUGGAUUGUGAUUUCUGUACUGUAAUAAAGUCUAGAAAUAUUUAGAAAAUUCCUUUGUCCCUUAUUUCUUUAGAUGUGAAUUGAGUGUGACCUUGGUACCUCAGUUCCUAAGGAGACUGUUACUAAGUACAACCUGCCGAUUGCAUAAUUAGUAAGCAGUAUUGUUGAAUGGAUUAAAUGGCUGUCACAUUUUAGGUGUAAAAGGAAAUCAGAUUUGAAUUAUGUUUUUGGACAAAGAAAACCAUAUAAUGAAGGUCAAAAAAUGUUUUGGACACCCGAAUUCAAAUAUACGGAAGGAAUAAAGGUAUUGUUUAAAUUGUGUUUUAACCCUUUGUAUAUCAGAGAUAAAACAUACUCAGGGUUGUUCAUAAAACACAGAAUUUUAGCAAAUUAAAGGGACCCUCCAGCGAUACAAAUAAAAAUCUUACAUUGAGGUGUUUAAAUGUAAAUUUAGAUGAUUGUGACCUCCUGCACUCCUAAAUAAAGUGUUGACUUACAUUCAAUCCAAUCUGCUAGAUUAUCAGUAACGAUGAUCUCCCAUUAAAGGGACACUAUAGUCACUAGAACAACUACAGCUUAAUUAACAGCCUAAUUGAUUCAAUGCAUCUCUGUGAGGAGAUGCCAAUUGGCAUAGCACAGUGUUUUGCCAUGCAUGCGCUAUAGCCUCCAAAUGCUUUCAUAUGGGAAAGCAUUGGAUUGGCUGAGAUCGUCGAUUUUGAUGAUCUCAGCCGAGGAGGAGCGGAGACGGAGCUACCAGCGACAGUCCUGCACAGAGCUGGAAUUAAUGUGAGUAAUAUCACCCUUUACAUUGGUUACGGGGGGGGGGGGGCAGGACCUAAAUAGUGAUAGAACAGCGAUAGUGACAGGAAUACAUGUUUCUAUUCCUUUUUUUUCUAAAUAGGGAGCAUGCAUAACAUUCAGCGUAUUGAGUAUGCAAUGCUUCCCAUUGAGAAGCAUUGAAAGUUUGAGAAGCACUGCUAGGGCACAAAGCUUUUAGGAGGAACAUCCUUCUGGCUGUCUGAUAGACAGCUGGGAGGGUACCACUUAUCGUCUUUAAGAAAGUGCUAAUUUCUCUUGAAAAGGAGUUCCCAUACACACAGAGUGUUAAUGUUCCCCCAUAGAUGCAAUAGUGCCCUGUAGUAGUCCCCUACCAGCACACACAGAGCACCUUAAGAGGUCUCUUAUAGAUACACAUAGAAAAUAUUAAAUGCUCCCCUAUAAACAGAGGACACAUUAAGGGGUUCCCUAUAAACACAUACAGGAUAUACCAGUAAAUACACACCGGCCACAUUAAGGAUAACCCUACAGGUACACUUGUGAUAUAUUUAAGUUUCCCCGUGUAGUUACAAAGAACACAUUAAGGGUUCCCUUAUACAUAAACACAUGGAAAAUUAGGAGCUACCCUAUAGAUAUACACAAGACACACUAAGUAGUUACCUAUAGAUACACACAGGAUAUAUUAAAGGGACACUGUAGUCACCAAAACAACGCUAGCUUAAUUAAGCAGUUUGAGUGUAUUGAUCAUGCCCCAAAGUCUCACUGCUCAAUUCUCUGCCAUUUAGGAGUUAAAUCACUUUUGUUUAUGUUUAUGCAGCCUGACCCAUGUUUAUAUUGAUAGAUACAGGGCCCAUGUUAUAUUGAGAUAGAUACAGGACCCAUGUUAUAUUGAGAUAGAUACAGGACCCAUGUUAUAUUGAGAUAGGUACAGGACCCAUGUUAUAUUGAGAUAGGUACAGGACCCAUGUUAUAUUGAGAUAGGUACAGGACCCAUGUUAUAUUGAGAUAGAUACAGGACCCAUGUUUAUAUUGAUAGAUACUGGGCCCGUGUUAUAUUGAGAUAGGUACAGGACCCAUGUUAUAUUGAUAGAUACUGGGCCCGUGUUAUAUUGAGAUAGGUACAGGACCCAUGUUAUAUUGAGAUAGAUACAGGACCCAUGUUAUAUUGAGAUAGGUACAGGACCCAUGUUAUAUUGAGAUAGGUACAGGACCCAUGUUAUAUUGAGAUAGGUACAGGACCCAUGUUAUAUUGAGAUAGGUACAGGACCCAUGUUAUAUUGAGAUAGAUACAGGACCCAUGUUAUACUGAGAUAGAUACAGGACCCAUGUUAUAUUGAGAUAGAUACUGGACCCAUGUUAUACUGAGAUAGGUACAGGACCCAUGUUAUACUGAGAUAGAUACAGGACCCAUGUUAUACUGAGAUAGAUACAUGACCCAUGUUAUAUUGAGAUAGAUACAGGACCCAUGUUAUAUUGAGAUAGAUACAGGACCCAUGUUAUAUUGAGAUAGAUACAGGACCCAUGUUAUAUUGAGAUAGGUACAGGAACCCAUGUUAUAUUGAGAUAGAUACAGGACCCAUGUUAUAUUGAGAUAGGUACAGGACCCAUGUUAUAUUGAGAUAGAUACAGGACCCAUGUUAUAUUGAGAUAGGUACAGGACCCAUGUUAUAUUGAGAUAGAUACAGGACCCAUGUUAUAUUGAGAUAGAUACAGGACCCAUGUUAUAUUGAGAUAGAUACAGGACCCAUGUUAUAUUGAGAUAGAUACAGGACCCAUGUUAUAUUGAGAUAGAUACAGGACCCAUGUUAUAUUGAGAUAGAUACAGGACCCAUGUUAUAUUGAGAUAGAUACAGGACCCAUGUUAUAUUGAGAUAGAUACAGGACCCAUGUUAUAUUGAGAUAGAUACAGGACCCAUGUUAUACUGAGAUAGAUACAGGACCCAUGUUAUAUUGAGAUAGAUACAGGACCCAUGUUAUACUGAGAUAGAUACAGGACCCAUGUUAUACUGAGAUAGAUACAGGACCCAUGUUAUACUGAGAUAUAUACAGGACCCAUGUUAUAUUGAGAUAGAUACAGGACCCAUGUUAUAUUGAGAUAGAUACAGGACCCAUGUUAUAUUGAGAUAGAUACAGGACCCAUGUUAUAUUGAGAUAGAUACAGGACCCAUGUUAUAUUGAGAUAGAUACAGGACCCAUGUUAUAUUGAGAUAGAUACAGGACCCAUGUUAUAUUGAGAUAGAUACAGGACCCAUGUUAUAUUGAGAUAGAUACAGGACCCAUGUUAUAUUGAGAUAGAUACAGGACCCAUGUUAUAUUGAGAUAGAUACAGGACCCAUGUUAUAUUGAGAUAGAUACAGGACCCAUGUUAUAUUGAGAUAGAUACAGGACCCAUGUUAUAUUGAGAUAGAUACAGGACCCAUGUUAUAUUGAGAUAGAUACAGGACCCAUGUUAUAUUGAGAUAGAUACAGGACCCAUGUUAUAUUGAGAUAGAUACUGGACCCAUGUUAUACUGAGAUAGAUACAGGACCCAUGUUAUAUUGAUAGAUACAGGACCCAUGUUAUAUUGAGAUAGAUACAGGACCCAUGUUAUACUGAUAGAUACAGGACCCAUGUUAUAUUGAGAUAGAUACAGGACCCAUGUUAUACUGAGAUAGAUACAGGACCCAUGUUAUAUUGAGAUAAAUACUGGACCCAUGUUAUAUUGAGAUAGGUACAGGACCCAUGUUAUAUUGAGAUAUAUACAGGACCCAUGUUAUAUUGAGAUAUAUACAGGACCCAUGUUAUAUUGAGAUAUAUACAGGACCCAUGUUAUAUUGAGAUAUAUACAGGACCCAUGUUAUAUUGAGAUAUAUACAGGACCCAUGUUAUAUUGAUAGAUACAGGACCCAUGUUAUAUUGAUAGAUACAGGACCCAUGUUAUAUUGAUAGAUACUGGACCCAUGUUAUAUUGAGAUAGGUACAGGACCCAUGUUGUACUGAGGGAGAUACAGGACCCAUGUUGUACUGAGGGAGAUGCAGGACCCAUGUUAUAUUGAUAGAUACAGGAACUAUGUUAUAUUGAGAUAGAUACUCUAGUGCCGGGGAGAUAAUUAGUUUAAGCAAAAUACACUAAUUUAUCUUCCAGACACAGAGACUCCUGGGCGUGUUGUGGGAGACUCCUGGGCGUGUGUGGGAGUGUCCUAGGCGUGUUGUGGGAGUGGUGUACUAUGUUACUGCUGGAGACCCCAUGCUGGGAGUCUGUGUAUAUAAGCUGGCCACUGAGACAUAAUAAAUCCGUCUUCUUGUACCCUUCAUCAAGUCUUGGCUGAUGUUUGGGUAUACCAGAGCCAUAAUCACUGCUUCACUGGGGAACUUGGGAGAAUUACAACAGAUAUACUCAGUCGGAGUAUAGGGGAUCCAUUACAGAUGUUAUAAUAAGAUGUUAUAUUAAUACACAGUACACCCAGGACACAUGUUAUAAUAAGAUAUUAUAUUAUAUUAUAUUGAUACACACAGGAUCCAUGUUAUAUUGAGAUGUUGUUAUUAUAAGAUGUUAUAUACACCUAGAACCCAUGUUAUAAUAAGAUGUUAUAUUAUAUCGAUACACCCAGAACCCAUGUUAUAAUAAGAUAUUAUAUUUAUUGAUACACCCAGGACCCAUGUUAUAAUAAGAUGUUAUAUUAUAUCGAUACACCCAGGACCCAUGUUAUAAUAUUAUAUUAUAUUGAUACACCCAGGACCCAUAUUAUAAUAUAUUAUAGUGAUACACCCAGGACCCAUGUUAUAACAUUAUAUUAUAUUAUAGUGAUACACCCAGGGCCCAUGUUAUAAUGUUAUAUUAUAUUAUAUUAUAGUGGUACACCCAGGACCCAUGUUAUUACAUUAUAUCAUAUUAUAGUGAUACACCCAGGACCCAUGUUAUAAUAAUAUAUUAUAUUGAUACACCCAGGAACCAUGUUAUAAUAUUAUAUUAUAUUGAUACAGCCAGGGCCCAUGUUAUAAUGUUAUAUUAUAUUAUAUUAUAUUGAUACAGCCAGGGCCCAUGUGAUAAUGUUAUAUUAUAUUGAUACAGCCAGGGCCCAUGUGAUAAUGUUAUAUUAUAUUAUAUUGAUACAGCCAGGGCCCAUGUGAUAAUGUUAUAUUAUAUUGAUACAGCCAGGGCCCAUGUGAUAAUGUUAUAUAAUAUUAUAUUAUAUUGAUACAGCCAGGGCCCAUGUGAUAAUAUUAUAUUAUAUUGUAUUGAUACAGCCAGGGCCCAUGUUAUAAUGUUAUAUUAUAUUAUAUUGUAUUGAUACAGCCAGGGCCCAUGUUAUAAUGUUAUAUUAUAUUAUAUUAUAGUGGUACACCCAGGACCCAUGUUAUUACAUUAUAUCAUAUUAUAGUGAUACACCCAGGACCCAUGUUAUAAUAAUAUAUUAUAUUGAUACACCCAGGAACCAUGUUAUAAUAUUAUAUUAUAUUGAUACAGCCAGGGCCCAUGUUAUAAUGUUAUAUUAUAUUAUAUUGAUACAGCCAGGGCCCAUGUGAUAAUGUUAUAUUAUAUUGAUACAGCCAGGGCCCAUGUGAUAAUGUUAUAUUAUAUUAUAUUGAUACAGCCAGGGCCCAUGUGAUAAUGUUAUAUUAUAUUGAUACAGCCAGGGCCCAUGUGAUAAUGUUAUAUAAUAUUAUAUUAUAUUGAUACAGCCAGGGCCCAUGUGAUAAUAUUAUAUUAUAUUGUAUUGAUACAGCCAGGGCCCAUGUUAUAAUGUUAUAUUAUAUUAUAUUGUAUUGAUACAGCCAGGGCCCAUGUUAUAAUGUUAAAUUAUAUUAUAUUGUAUUGAUACAGCCAGGGCCCAUGUGAUAAUGUUAUAUUAUAUUAUAUUAUAGUGAUACAGCCAGGGCCCAUGUGAUAAUGUUAUAUUAUAUUAUAUUGUAUUGAUACAGCCAGGGCCCAUGUGAUAAUGUUAUAUUAUAUUGAUACAGCCAGGGCCCAUUUGAUAAUGUUAUAUUAUAUUAUAUUAUAAUAUUGGGCCCAUGUGAUAAUGUUAUAUUAUAUUGUAUUGAUACAGCCAGGGCCCAUGUGAUAAUGUUAUAUUAUAUUAUAUUAUAAUAUUGGGCCCAUGUGAUAAUGUUAUAUUAUUUUGUAUUAUAAUAUUGGGCCCAUGUGAUAAUGUUAUAAUGUAUUAUAAUAUUGGGCCCAUGUGAUAAUGUUAUAAUGUAUUAUAAUAUUGGGCCCAUGUGAUAAUGUUAUAUUAUAUUAUAAUAUUGGGCCCAUGUGAUAAUGUUAUAUUGUAUUAUAAUAUUUGGCCCAUGUGAUAAUGUUAUAUUAUAUAAUAAUAUUGGGCCCAUGUGAUAAUGUUAUAUUAUAUUAUAUUGUAUUGAUACAGCCAGGGUCCAUGUGAUAAUGUUAUAUUAUAAUAUUGGGCCCAUGUGAUAAUGUUAUAUUAUAUUAUAAUAUUGGGCCCAUGUGAUAAUGUUAUAUUAUAUUAUAAUAUUGGGCCCAUGUGAUAAUGUUAUAUUAUAUUAUAAUAUUGGGCCCAUGUGAUUAUAAUGUUAUAUAUUAUAUUAUAAUAUUGAGCCCAUGUGAUAAUGUUAUAUUAUAUAUUAUAAUAUUGAGCCCAUGUGAUAAUGUUAUAUUAUAUUGUAUUAUAAUAUAGGGCCCAUGUGAUAAUGUUAUAUUAUAUUAUAAUAUUGAGCCCAUGUGAUAAUGUUAUAUUGUAUUAUAAUAUUGGGCCCAUGUGAUAAUGUUAUAUUAUAUUAUAUUGUAUUAUAAUAUUGGGCCCAUGUGAUAAUGUUAUGUUAUAUUAUAAUAUUGGGCCCAUGUGAUAAUGUUAUAUUAUAUUAUAUUGUAUUAUAAUAUUGGGCCCAUGUGAUAAUGUUAUAUUAUAUUAUAAUAUUGGGCCCAUGUGAUAAUGUUAUAUUAUAUUAUAUUGUAUUAUAAUAUUGGGCCCAUGUGAUAAUGUUAUGUUAUAUUAUAAUAUUGAGCCCAUGUGAUAAUGUUAUAUUAUAUUGUAUUAUAAUAUAGGGCCCAUGUGAUAAUGUUAUAUUAUAUUAUAAUAUUGGGCCCAUGUGAUAAUGUUAUGUUAUAUUAUAAUAUUGGGCCCAUGUGAUAAUGUUAUGUUAUAUUAUAUUAUAAUAUUGGGCCCAUGUGAUAAUGUUAUGUUAUAUUAUAAUAUUGGGCCCAUGUGAUAAUGUUAUAUUAUAUUAUAUUGUAUUAUAAUAUUGGGCCCAUGUGAUAAUGUUAUAUUGUAUUAUAAUAUUGGGCCCAUGUGAUAAUGUUAUAUUAUAUUAUAAUAUUGGGCCCAUGUGAUAAUGUUAUAUUAUAUUAUAUUGUAUUAUAAUAUUGGGCCCAUGUGAUAAUGUUAUAUUAUAUUAUAUUGUAUUAUAAUAUUGGGCCCAUGUGAGCUGAGCACAUGACAGCAGCAGCAGGCAGCCCAGCCCUGGGUACGGUGGCCGGGGAGGGCCAGGCCGGUCUGUGACGUCACGCAGUCCCUGCCCAGCCGCAGCUGUCACACGGAGCCCGAGACCCGGAUCCGGCCUGAGGUGGGACCCGGGGGAGACAAUGGCCGGGGGGGAGGGAGGCUGGUACCGAGCCGGGCAGGAUCCAAUCUGUCAGACUGGACCGGGGGCAGUGAUACCGGGCAACCUGCGGGGGAGGCAGACAGGUUACCCCGGGAUACACCGCGCUGGCUGCCUGACUGACAAUAGCACACGGCGCCCAGCACAGAGCACACAGCAUAGCAUGAUACCCAGCACCCAGCACAGAGCCAUGCCCAGCAUAGCAUGAUACUCAGCACCAUACACCAUACCCAGCACCCAGCACAGAGCCAUGCCCAGCAUAGCAUGAUACCCAGCACCAUACACCAUACCCAGCACCCAGCACAGAGCCAUGCCCAGCAUAGCAUGAUACCCAGCACCAUACACCAUACCCAGCACCCAGCACAGAGCCAUGCCCAGCAUAGCAUGAUACCCAGCACCAUACACCAUACCCAGCACCCAGCACAGAGCCAUGCCCAGCAUAGCAUGAUACCCAGCACCAUACACCAUACCCAGCACCCAGCACAGAGCCAUGCCCAGCAUAGCAUGAUACUCAGCACCAUACACCAUACCCAGCACCCAUGCCCAGCAUAGCAUGAUACCCAGCACCAUACACCAUACCCAGCACCCAGCACAGAGCCAUGCCCAGCAUAGCAUGAUACUCAGCACCAUACACCAUACCCAGCACCCAGCACAGAGCCAUGCCCAGCAUAGCAUGAUACCCAGCACCAUACACCAUACCCAGCACCCAGCACAGAGCCAUGCCCAGCACCCAAUACCAUACCCAGCAUAGCAUGAUACCCAGCACCAUACACCAUACCCAGCACCCAGCACAGAGCCAUGCCCAGCAUAGCAUGAUACCCAGCACCCAGCACAGAGCCAUGCCCAGCACAGAGCCAUGCCCAGCACCAUACACCAUACCCAGCACACAGCCAUGCCCAGUAUAGCAUGAUACCCAGCACCAUACACCAUACCCAGCACAGAGCCAUGCCCAGCAUAGCAUGAUACCCAGCACCCAGCACAGAGCCAUGCCCAGCAUACCAUGAUACCCAGCACAGAGCCAUGCCCAGCAUAGCAUGAUACCCAGCACCAUACACCAUACCCAGCAUAGCAUGAUACCCAGCACCAUACACCAUACCCAGCAUAGCAUGAUACCCAGCACCAUACCCAGCACCCAGCACAGAGCCAUGCCCAGCAUAGCAUGAUACCCAGCACCAUACACAGCAUAAUACCCAGCACCAUACACAGCAUAAUACCCAGCACACAGCAUAAUACCCAGCACACAGUGCCAUGCCCAGCAUAAUACUCAGCACAAUGCCCAGCACACAGCAUAAUACCCAGCACACAGCAUAAUACCCAGCACCAUGCCCAGCACACAGCAAAAUACCCAGCACACAGCACCAUGCCCAGCACCCAAUACCAUACAGCACCAUACCCAGCACAGUACCAUACACAGCACCAUGCCCAGCACCCAGCAUGAUACCCAGCACCAUGCCCAGCACCCAAUACCAUACAGCACCAUGCCCAGCAUAAUACCCAGCACCAUGCCCAGCACACAGCAUAAUGCCCAGCACCCAAUACCAUACAGCACCAUGCCAGGCACACAGCACCAUGCCCAGCAUAAUUCCCAGCACCAUGCCCAGCACACAGCAUAAUACCCAGCACACAAUGCCAUGCCCAGCAUAAUACCCAGCACACAGCAUAAUACCCAGCACACAGUGCCAUGCCCAGCACAAUACCCAGCAUCAUGCCCAGCAUGAUACCCAGCACCAUACACCAUGCCCAGCACCCAAUAUCAUACACCAUGCCCAGCAUAAUACCCAGCACCAUGCCCAGCACCCAAUACCAUACAGCACCAUGCCCAGCACACAGCACCAUGCCCAACACCCAGCAUAAUACCCAGCACCAUGCCCAGCACACAGCACCAUGCCCAGCACCCAGCAUAAUACCCAGCACAAUGCCCAGCACACAGCAGAGCACCAUGCCCAGCACACAGCACAGUACCAUACACAGCACCAUGCCCAGCACCCAGCAUGAUACCCAGCACCAUGCCCAGCACACAGCACCAUACACAACACACAGCAUAAUACCCAGCACCCAGCACCAUGCCCGGCACAAUACCCAGCACCAUGCCCAGCACAAUACCCAGCACAAUACCCAGCACCAUGCCCAGCACAAUACCCAGCACACAGCAUAAUACCCAGCACCAUACACAUCACCAUACCCAGCACACAGCACCAUACCCAGCACCGAGCACACAGAACAGCACCAUACACAGCACACAGCACCCAGCACAAUACCAGCACUGGCUGGUACCGAGCCGGGCAGGAUCCAAUCUGUCAGACUGGACCGGGGGCAGUGAUACCGGGCAACCUGCGGGGGAGGCAGACAGGUUACCCCGGGAUACACCGCGCUGGCUGCCUGACUGACAAUAGCACACGGCACCCAGCACAGAGCCAUGCCCAGCAUAGCAUGAUACCCAGCACCCAGCACAGAGCCAUGCCCAGCACAGAGCCAUGCCCAGCAUAGCAUGAUACCCAGCACCAUACACCAUACCCAGCACACAGCACCCAGCACAGAGCCAUGCCCAGCAUGAUACCCAGCACCCAGCACAGAGCCAUGCCCAGCAUAGCAUGAUACCCAGCACCAUACACCAUACCCAGCACACAGCACACAGCACAGAGCCAUGCCCAGCAUAGCAUGAUACCCAGCACACAGCACAGAGCCAUGCCCAGCAUAGCAUGAUACCCAGCACCAUACACCAUACCCAGCACACAGCACAGAGCCAUGCCCAGCAUAGCAUGAUACCCAGCACCAUACACCAUACCCAGCACCCAGCACAGAGCACACAGCAUAGCAUGAUACCCAGCACCCAGCACAGAGCCAUGCCCAGCAUAGCAUGAUACCCAGCACCAUACACCAUACCCAGCACCCAGCACAGAGCACACAGCAUAGCAUGAUACCCAGCACCCAGCACAGAGCCAUGCCCAGCAUAGCAUGAUACCCAGCACCAUACACCAUACCCAGCACCCAGCACAGAGCCAUGCCCAGCAUAGCAUGAUACCCAGCACCAUACACCAUACCCAGCACCCAGCACAGAGCCAUGCCCAGCAUAGCAUGAUACCCAGCACCAUACACCAUACCCAGCACCCAGCACAGAGCCAUGCCCAGCACCCAAUACCAUACCCAGCAUAGCAUGAUACAUGAUACCCAGCACCAUACACCAUACCCAGCACAGAGCCAUGCCCAGCAUAGCAUGAUACCCAGCACCCAGCACAGAGCCAUGCCCAGCAUACCAUGAUACCCAGCACAGAGCCAUGCCCAGCAUAGCAUGAUACCCAGCACCAUACACCAUACCCAGCAUAGCAUGAUACCCAGCACCAUACACCAUACCCAGCAUAGCAUGAUACCCAGCACCAUACCCAGCACCCAGCACAGAGCCAUGCCCAGCAUAGCAUGAUACCCAGCACCAUACACAGCAUAAUACCCAGCACCAUACACAGCAUAAUACCCAGCACACAGCAUAAUACCCAGCACACAGUGCCAUGCCCAGCAUAAUACUCAGCACAAUGCCCAGCACACAGCAUAAUACCCAGCACACAGCAUAAUACCCAGCACCAUGCCCAGCACACAGCAAAAUACCCAGCACACAGCACCAUGCCCAGCACCCAAUACCAUACAGCACCAUACCCAGCACAGUACCAUACACAGCACCAUGCCCAGCACCCAGCAUGAUACCCAGCACCAUGCCCAGCACCCAAUACCAUACAGCACCAUGCCCAGCAUAAUACCCAGCACCAUGCCCAGCACACAGCAUAAUGCCCAGCACCCAAUACCAUACAGCACCAUGCCAGGCACACAGCACCAUGCCCAGCAUAAUUCCCAGCACCAUGCCCAGCACACAGCAUAAUACCCAGCACACAAUGCCAUGCCCAGCAUAAUACCCAGCACACAGCAUAAUACCCAGCACACAGUGCCAUGCCCAGCACAAUACCCAGCAUCAUGCCCAGCAUGAUACCCAGCACCAUACACCAUGCCCAGCACCCAAUAUCAUACACCAUGCCCAGCAUAAUACCCAGCACCAUGCCCAGCACCCAAUACCAUACAGCACCAUGCCCAGCACACAGCACCAUGCCCAACACCCAGCAUAAUACCCAGCACCAUGCCCAGCACACAGCACCAUGCCCAGCACCCAGCAUAAUACCCAGCACAAUGCCCAGCACACAGCAGAGCACCAUGCCCAGCACACAGCACAGUACCAUACACAGCACCAUGCCCAGCACCCAGCAUGAUACCCAGCACCAUGCCCAGCACACAGCACCAUACACAACACACAGCACAAUACCCAGCACCCAGCACCAUGCCCGGCACAAUACCCAGCACCAUGCCCAGCACAAUACCCAGCACAAUACCCAGCACCAUGCCCAGCACAAUACCCAGCACACAGCAUAAUACCCAGCACCAUACACAUCACCAUACCCAGCACACAGCACCAUACCCAGCACCGAGCACACAGAACAGCACCAUACACAGCACACAGCACCCAGCACAAUACCAGCACCAUGCCCAGCACAAUACCCAGCACCAUACACCAUGCCCAGCACAAUGCCCAUCACAAUACCCAACACACAGCACAAUGCCCAGCACACUGCACCAUCCCCAGCACAAUACCCAGCACAAUGCCCAUUAUAAUACCCAGCACACAGCACCAUGCCCAGCACAAUGCCCAUCACAAUACCCAGCACACAGCAUCAUGCCCAGCACAAUACCCAGCACAAUACACAGCACCAUAUCCAGCACCAUGCCCAGCACACAGCACAAUGCCCAGCACAAUACCCAGCAUAAUACCCAGCACACAGCACCAUGCCCAGCACAAUACCCAGCACCAUGCUCAGCACGCAGCACAAUGCCCAGCACACAGCACCACGACCAGCACACAGCACCAUGCCCAGCACAAUACCCAGCACACAGCACAGUGCCCAGCACAAUGCGGCCAACCAUUCAUCCUUUGUCAUGGUCCUGUUGCACCUGACUGGGGGCAACUAGACCUGACUGGGGGCAACUAUACCUGACUGAGGGCAACUAGACCUGACUGAGGGCAACUAGACCUGGGGAGACCUGACAGGGGGCAACUAGACCUGACUAUGCGCAACUAGACCUGGGGAGAACUGACAGGGGGUAACUAGACCUGGGGAGACCUGACUGAGGGCAACUAGACCUGGGGAGAACUGACAGGGUGUAACUAGACCUGGGUAGACCUGACAGGGGGUAACUAGACCUGGGGAGACCUGACAGGGGGUAACUAGACCUGGGGAGACCUGACAGGGGGCAACCAGACCUGGGGAGACCUGACAGGGGGUAACUAGACCUGGGGAGACCUGACAGGGGGCAACCAGACCUGGGGAGACCUGACUGGGGGCAACCAGACCUGGGGAGACCUGACAGGGGGUAACUAGACCUGGGGAGACCUGACAAGGGGCAACCAGACCUGGGGAGACCUGAUGGGGCAACCAGACCUGGGGAGACCUGACAGGGGGAAACUAGACCUGGGGAGACCUGACACGGGGGUUUCUGGCAGUUUGGGAACUUGUCAUGUGACUGAGGAGAAUCUGGUUCUGGGGUAACUGUCUGUGGGAUAUCUCCCACUGUAUUAUCUGAUGGUAUCUGCUUUUGUGGUAUUAUACAAUGGGGAUAUUUGGGUUUGGAACAUGGAUGUGAGGAGGUAUGUGGUGUUGAGUACCUGCAAUGGGGGUCUUGUUUCGAGUCACAUGUUUGUGGGGUACCUAAUAGUGGGUUACCCAGUCCAUGUCACCCCACCCCUGACUUUGGAGGUAUUUUCUGAUUGUGUGUACCCCUGUGGGAUAAAUAGGCCUCUCUACAUGUGAAGAAUGGGUAUUUAGCCAAGAGGCUUGAAUUUAAAGUAGUAUGGGUUUGCUGUACCAGUAAUGGAGGUACUUGUCACAGAGGGGAGGGGGUUACAUUUAAUUGUGGGCUAUUAAAGGCAGGUACUUGUCCUGUAAAGACAUUUAGGGUUACUUGCAUCCUGUUGCAGGCUCCAUAAAGGGUUAUUUGCCACUGCCCCUAUACUAGAAUCUAGUUUUGGCUACUGAAUAGCAGGGCUGGCUGAAUGCCACCAAGGCUAGGGUUACCAUAACCACCACCAUGUAUUCAGGGACACAUACAACUCUGUCAUUUGUAUGAAAACACAUGAAAAGGGUUGUGCUGUAAAAUGUAUAAUGUAACAUGGUAACCCUAUUAGUGGGGCAUGGCAUCUAUGGUUUAGAUGCAGAUGGGCCUGACUGCACGUGGCGUGGAGAUAUUUAUGGGUGCUAUCUUUACCUGCUACAGCUUUAGUUUUGGUUGUAUAUUAAUUUGUAGGGGAACAAGGACUCCCCCUCCCCUUCAUUUAAACCCAAACACGUCGUUAUGGCUCUGGCUCACACCUACCACUCAGCAGCUCCUGAUAUCAGUCAAUCAGCUAUUGUUACUGAUCUGCUAUGUAUCAGACAGACUGGCUAAAAUGCUAAUUUAAUGUAUUAGAUUAAAUAGCAGAAUCUGAUUACUCGAUUUGGUAUCAAACAUUAAUCUGUCGAUCCUUUACCUCCGUGUUUAUUCGAACCCCUCCUGGGUUACGGUUAGGAGGUGCCAGAUCUUCCACAGGUUUCCUAUAGAGGGGACAUCAAUGAAUUGAGAUGGGAUUGCAGUGAAAGAAUAUUUAUUUUCCCCCUUACCGCUUAUACAGUCUGUAUAGACCAGGGCAGCACUUUACAUGCCCUGCCCAUCAGUAUAUGUCCACAAUCAUGGUGGACCUGGCAACCCUGCUUGAUCUGGAAGGUGACCCAUUUCAUUUGAACUUUUUAGUAAUAAAUCUUCACUCUAUAAACUGCUACCAGAUCCUGAAACUGUGAUUCCCAUUUAUUAGUAGAAUUAGUUUGUUUAUAGAGCGCCAAUAUACAUGACACCACUGUGGACGUACAUGGGAAAGAAAUAAAUUGGCAAAUAAGGAAGAUAGUCUAUUGCCUUGCUCAUAGAGCUUACACUCUAUGGGAAAUGGGAUAUAAUGAAGUAAAAGGGAGAAGUGCAAAUUAUUCUUAAUGGAUUGUAUGGGUGCAAACAAUAUACAGUAUUUGUAAUUUCAUAUAUGAAUAAAUUAAAGUAAUGCAGGUUAACUGGUCAUUUUAUCAUUAAUAUUACCAUUUUACUUAAAACUAUAGAAAUAUGCUGGUUAGUUAGACUUGUUUUAACAUUAGUGGUUAGUAUUACUGGCCUUCUCUCAUUAUUUUCUAUGGGAGUAUUACUGGCCAUGCAGUCUCUCUCAUUGUUUUUUAUGGGAGUAUUACUGACCAUGCAGUCUCUCUCAUUGCCAUCUAAGGGAGUAUUACUGAUCAUGUAGGCUCUCUCAUUGCAUUCUGUGGGAGUAUUACUGACAUUGCAGUCUCUCUCAUUGCUUUCUUUGGGAGUAUUACUGACCAUGCAGUCUCUCUCAUUGCUUUCUAUGGGAGUAUUACUGGCCAUGCAGUCUCUCUCAUUGCUUUCUAUGGGAGUAUUACUGACCAUGCAGUCUCUCUCAUUGCUUUCUAUGGGAGUAUUACUGACCAUGCAGUCUCUCUCAUUGCUUUCUAUGGGAGUAUUACUGACCAUGCAGUUUCUCUCAUUGCUUUCUAUGGGAGUAUUACUGGCCAUGCAGUCUCUCUCAUUGCUUUCUAUGGCAGUAUUACUGACCAUGCAGUCUCUCUCAUUGCUUUCUGUGGGAGUAUUACUGACCAUGCAGUCUCUCUCAUUGCUUUCUAUGGGAGUAUUACUGGCCAUGCAGUCUCUCUCAUUGUUUUCUAUGGGAGUAUUACUGGCCAAGCAGUCUCUCUCAUUGCUUUCUAUGGGAGUAUUACUGACCAUGCAGUCUCUCACAUUGCCAUCUAAGGGAGUAUUACUGAUCAUGUAGGCUCUCUCAUUGCAUUCUGUGGGAGUAUUACUGACCAUGCAGUAUUACUGGCCAUGCAGUCUCUCUCAUUGCUUUCUAUGGGAGUAUUACUGGCCAUGCAGUCUCUCUCAUUGCCAUCUAAGGGAGUAUUACUGAUCAUGUAGGCUCUCUCAUUGCAUUCUGUGGGAGUAUUACUGACAUUGCAGUCUCUCUCAUUGCUUUCUAUGGGAGUAUUACUGGCCAUGCAGUCUCUCUCAUUGCUUUCUAUGGGAGUAUUACUGACAUUGCAGUCUCUCUCAUUGCUUUCUAUGGGAGUAUUACUGGCCAUGCAGUCUCUCUCAUUGCUUUCUAUGGGAGUAUUACUGGCCAUGCAGUCUCUCUCACUGCUUUCUAUGGGAGUAUUACUGGCCAUGCAGUCUCUCUCAUUGCUUUCUAUGGGAGUAUUACUGGCCAAGCAGUCUCUCUCAUUGCUUUCUAUGGGAGAAUUACUGGCCAAGCAGUCUCUCUCAUUGCUUUCUAUGGGAGGAUUACUGGCCAUGCAGUCUCUCUCAUUGCUUUCUAUGGGAAUAUUACUGACCAUGCAGUCUCUCUCAUUGUUUUCUAUGGAAGUAUUACUGGCCACGCAGUCUCUCUCAUUGCUUUCUAUGGGAGUAUUACUGGCCAAACAGUCUCUCUCAUUGCUUUCUAUGGGAGUAUUACUGGCCAUGCAGUCUCUCUCAUUGCUUUCUAUGGGAGUAUUACUGGCCAUGUAGUCUCUCUCAUUGCUAUGGGAGUAUUACUGGCCAUCAUUGCUUUCUAUGGGAGUAUUACUGACCAUGCAGUCUCUCUCAUUGUUUUCUAUGGGAGGAUUACUGGCCAUGUAGUCUCUCUCAUUGUUUUCUUUGGAAGUAUUACUGACCAUGUAGGCUCUACCAUAGCUUUCUAUGGGAGUAUUAUUGACAUUGCAGUCUCUCUCAUUGCUUUCUAUGGGAGUAUUGCUGACCAUGCAGUCUCUACCAUUGUUCUAUGGAAGUAUUACUGACCAUGCAGUCUCUCUCAUUGUUUUCUAUGGGAGGAUUACUGGCCAUGCAGUCUCUCUCAUGGGAGUAUUACUGGCCAUCUCUAUUGUUUUCUAUGGGAGUAUUACUGUCCAUGUAGGCUCUUUCAUUGCUUUCUAUGGGAGUAUUACUGACCAUGCAGUCUCUCUCAUUGUUUUCUAUGGGAGGAUUACUGGCCAUGUAGUCUCUCUCAUUGUUUUCUUUGGAAGUAUUACUGACCAUGUAGGCUCUACCAUAGCUUUCUAUGGGAGUAUUAUUGACAUUGCAGUCUCUCUCAUUGCUUUCUAUGGGAGUAUUGCUGACCAUGCAGUCUCUACCAUUGUUCUAUGGAAGUAUUACUGACCAUGCAGUCUCUCUCAUUGUUUUCUAUGGGAGGAUUACUGGCCAUGCAGUCUCUCUCAUUGCUCUCUAUGGGAGUAUUACUGGCCAUGCAGUCUCUCUCAUUGAUUUCUAUGGGAGUAUUAUUGACCAAGCAGUCUCUCUCAUUGCUUUCUAUGGGAGUAUUACUGACCAUGCGGUCUCUCUCAUUGUUUUCUAUGGGAGUAUUACUGACCACGAAGUCUCUCUCAUUGCUUUCUAUGGGCAGAUUACUGGCCAUGCAGUCUCUCUCAUUACUUUCUAUGGGAGUAUUACUGACCAUGCAGUCUCUCUAAUUGCUUUCUAUGGGAGUAUUACUGGCCAUGCAGUUUCUCUCACUGCUUUCUAUGGGAGUAUUACUGACCAUGUAGUCUCUCUCAUUGCUUUCUAUGGGCAGAUUACUGGCCAUGCAGUCUCUCUCAUUACUUUCUAUGGGAGUAUUACUGGCCAUGCAGUCUCUCUCAUUGCUUUCUAUGGGAGUAUUACUGACCAUGCAGUCUCUCUCAUUGCUUUCUAUGGGAGUAUUACUGACCAUGCAGUCUCUCUCCUUGCUUUCUAUGGGAGUAUUACUGACCAUGCAGUCUCUCUCCUUGCUUUCUAUGGGAGUAUUACUGACCAUGCAGUCUCUCUCCUUGCUUUCUAUGGGAGUAUUACUGACCAUGCAGUCUCUCUCAUUGCUUUCUAUGGGAGUAUUACUGACCAUGCAGUCUCUCUCAUUGCUUUCUAUGGGAGUAUUACUGACCAUGCAGUCUCUCUCAUUGCUUUCUAUGGGAGUAUUACUGACCAUGCAGUCUCUCUCAUUGCUUUCUAUGGGAGUAUUACUGGCCAUGCAGUCUCUCUCAUUGCUUUCUAUGGGAGUAUUACUGGCCAUGCAGUCUCUCUCCUUGCUUUCUAUGGGAGUAUUACUGGCCAUGCAGUCUCUCUCAUUGAUUUCUAUGGGAGUAUUACUGACCAUGCAGUCUCUCUCAUUGAUUUCUAUGGGAGUAUUACUGACCAUGCAGUCUCUCUCAUUGCUUUCUAUGGGAGUAUUACUGACCAUACAGUCUCUCUCAUUGCUUUCUAUGGGAGUAUUACUGGCCAUGCAGUCUCUCUCAUUGCUUUCUAUGGGAGUAUUACUGACCAUGCAGUCUCUCUCAUUGCUUUCUAUGGGAGUAUUACUGGCCAUGCAGUCUCUCUCAUUGCUUUCUAUGGGAGUAUUACUGGCCAUGCAGUCUCUCUCAUUGUUUUCUAGGCGAGGAUUACUGGAUGUGUUACAGACAAUAUCAAGGUUAUUCACUAAAGUGAGAAUUCAUAUUUAUGGUCAAAAUGGAAGAAAGUCAGCUCUGCUUUCAGCUCGACUACUCUGGUCUUAAAUUUGAAUUUCACUUUGAAUUCUCACCUUAUUGAAUAACCGUGUAUAAGCAUUAUCACUGAUAUCGUUCUUAAAUACGUGUAGUAACGCUCUCUGAAACAGGACGAGGUCAUAAAAUCCUAUCAGUCCACCUAUUAUAGUGCUUUUUGUUAUCCUUUUCUAGGAUUUUAUGAUGUUUUAGUUGUACUUUUGUCUCUUGUACUCCGCACAUUUUGCCAGAUGAGCCGUACGAUGCUCCAGGAUUAGUGUUUUCAGCCCAGUCUGUUUGCUUUUCCAAGGAGUCAACCCGUGCUCCACUUUCAGGGUUAAUACAGAGCCGAUUGUACAUUUCAAAUGUUACACCAAAAUAGCCAAAUUGCUUUUCAACAUGAAUGUCUGAAAAUCUGAUAUCUUGCUGCAGAAUUCUAGAAAUCUGUCAUUUUUGCCAGUUUGGGGUUAAAAUUCGUAAACAAAAAUUAUAUAGUUUUGCCCUAAUGAUUUGCCCUUUCUGCCUCUCCCUACUUUUCGUUUCAUAAUACAGUCGUACACGGUGACUUAGAUUUCUGAGAGCUGUAGUUCCGUUGCUAGUUUUAUACAGCAGAAGGCUGACAAUUUAGCUAUGUAGAGAUUAAUGAGUUAUGUUAAAGGAACACUCCAGGCACCAUAACAACUUAAUAUACAUGUUAUGGUGCCAUGAGACCCCUGGUCAUCACAUUAAGAUGAAGUUGUUAUGGUGCCUAAACUGUUCCUUUAAUCAUUAAUAUAAAGAAUAGUGAUGUCCUGAACGGUUCGCCGCGGACGGCGAACAUCAGCGGUAAACUUUGACCCUGUACCUCACAGUCAGCAGACACAUUCCAUCCUAUCAGCAGCAGACCCUCCCUCCCAGACCCUUCCACCUCCUGGACAGCAUCCAUUGUGAAGCUGCAUUCUUAGUGAGCUGUCCAGGUGGUGGGAGGGUCUGGGAGGGAGGGUCUGCUGCUGAUUGGCUGGAAUGUGUCUGCUGACUGUGAGGUACAGGGUCAAAGUUUACCGCAUAUGUUCGCCGUCCGCGGCAAACCCUUCGAGACAUCACUAAUAGAGAGUAAAAGGUGCAUUAACCAGUGAUUGGAAGCAAUCGUAGGAACUGCAAAUCUUGUUAUUUUUUUACUUUAUUGUUUUUACAUCUAUUAUUUAUACGAGUUCUGUAAUGCACUUACAAAGAACGGAUUAACCAUAGCCUGAAGUCCUUUUUGAAUUCUUGGAGUAAUUAGUUAAUUGAUUUAACACUGCAACACGUGAAUUUCUCAUUCUGCAGAGCUAAACUGUCAGACCCUUCCCAAAUCAGAAUUCAUCGUCUCCCCAAAAAAGGAUGUCAAAGUGAACUGUACAAAAUGACUAAAUUCUCCCGAAAAUAACCAGGCUAUGUCUGAGAAUUUUUCCAAUUUAGUUUUUUGGCUUAAAUUUUACUGAUUGUUUUCCAAUUUACAGUUUUUGGUAAAAACAAUCUCUUCGUUUUGCUAGCAUAUUGCAUAUAAAUUUCAAUUAUAAAUGUAAAACCUUAACCAUAUGAAUUCUAGUCCUAAACUUCCAGCUCUUAGCUCUAACUCUUCAGUUCAAAAAAAAAACAUAACCACUACAGCUCACUGCAGUUGUUAUGGUGCCCCGAGUGCCCUAAUGUCCGCCCAGUGUAAGCAGGCAAACCAUUUAAAAACAUAUCUCGGGCAACCGUGGCCACAUCCCUGCUUCCUGAUGCUUCUGUAAGGACUCCAAUAAGCUAAGCAUGGUGGUGCAACAAUGAGCACCAUCCUGUAUCCGAUGUGCUUAGCUAGGGGAGUUAUCCUACAGGAGAAGCCUUCUUACCCUGGGAGAGUUCCAGUGCACUCCUGGCACCAUAACCACUACAAUGGGCUGUCGUGGUUAUGAUGCUUGGAGUGUUCCUUUAAAAACUAACCAUAAGAUUUAAUCAAAAAAACAACCUAAUACCCUUAACUCCACACACCAGCCACCGGCAUUUUUAUACCAAAACAGGAAGACAUUUCUCCAAAUCAGUUAUGUUUCCAGCGUGGUUAUUUUGUCUGAAACAUACAAUUCCUUUGACAAUUCCUCUCAAUUUCCAGGUUAGUAAGUAGCUCUGAUGGGUCCUGGAAUUGGCUACCAUAUACAGGCAAUUGGUCUGCUGUAGACUGAGGAUUCAAUUUGAGCUAUAUCCUGUGAUGGACGUAUUGCUUGCAGAUAUGCAGCUUGUUAAAAAUGUAUGAUCUAAAUGCUUUAUCCGUUCGCCGGAGGCUGUUGGCGCUUGCAAUAUAGAACUGCCACCUUUGACUUGUACACACAUCGGCACAUUCUGUGUUUGCCUUUGUAUAAUGAUGGCACAGAGUGAUAAACCAAACUCGUUUGAGCUAUGCAUCUGCUGCAGUUCAGAUCUCUCCAUGUAUAGAUACCGUUGUUGACUUUUGAAAGUGUAUCGCUGUGAUGGAUGCACAUUUAGAAGUUAGGGAACUUGUUUCUGUUAACGAACAAUGUGGAAACUAAUAUAUAAAAAACUAAGCUCAAAGGAUUACGGGAUUGUAACUUGGCACAACUUGUCUGAUGUGUGAAAUCCACGAAAGUCAGUAAAAUUCUCACAGAAUUUUAAGGUAAAUAGUUUUUUUUACCACCUGUCAAUGAAUUUUGUCGAGGAAUUGAUUAAUAAAGGAGAAUGGAACAGCCUUCCCACAAGCAGUCCUUCUGCAUAGCAACCGCAGAGCAGUGCUGUGGUUGCUAUGGUUUCUCCCUUGCUGACGCUGCCAGGCACUGGUGGGGGAAUAUAGAAACGGAGUAUUGACGUCACUCCGUUAAGACAUCACCAUUGUGGCAACAAGGCCAGCUUGUCGGUGUCACAGAGCAGGUUUGCCCUGCUUGGGGAAUCUCCCCCAAGGAGUGCACAUAAGUGAAGAGACCAGGCACACUAGAGUAGGUGCUCCAGAAGUGUAACACCCACCUCUGUAAUGAGAUCGCGGUGGGGGAAUAGAGGGUCAGGUAAGUGAUGACAGGUUCCCGUUACGUAGCCUGAUCCAAUCACAGACUUUCAUUGAUAGAGGUUGGUUUGUUAUAAAUGUAUUUUGAGUUUACGGUAAUUUGAUAAUCAUUACUAACAGUGUUACUAACUUAAGUUAGAACUCAAACUGAAUUUUACGUUAGGCCAAAGUAGCUGAAUAGGACGCGUAGCUGACUUGGUGAAUUUUUCCAGUGCAGCUGUUUUAAGCUGAAAUGUGAAAUUCAAUUUGAAUUCUCACUUUAGUAAAUAGUCCUGCAAGUGUCCUGUGAGAUAGCGACCAAAAUGUCAUAAAAGUUGAAUUUUAUAAAAAGAAAAUAAAAACUACAACUUUUUGUUCAGGGAGAGAGAAGUAAAAGACACGGUUUUAUUAGUUAGUAGAGGAGACUAACAGAGACAGUUGUAGGUGAGUGGAGGAGGCUACUAGUAAUAGUUGGAGGUAGAUUGAAAGAACAUAUUGAAGGUUGGAGGUGAAUGAAGACUAGCAGUGACAGUUGGAGAUAGUGAAGGCUAGCUGUGACAGUUGGAGAUAGAUGAAGACUAGCAGUGACAGUUGGAGAUAGAUGAAGACCAGCAGUGACAGUUGGAGAUGGAUGAAGACCAGCAGUGACAGUUGGAGAUGGAUGAAGACUAGCAGUGACAGUUGGAGAUAGAUGAAGACUAGCAGUGACAGUUGGAGAUAGAUGAAGACUAGCAGUGACAGUUGGAGAUGAUGAAGACUAGCAGUUACAGUUGGAGAUAGAUGAAGACUAGCAAUGACAGUUGGAGAUGAUGAAGACUAGCAGUUACAGUUGGAGAUAGAUGAAGACUAGCAGUGACAGUUGGAGAUGUUGAAGACUUGCAGUGACAGUUGGAGAUGGAUGAAGACUAGCAGUGACAGUUGGAGAUGGAUGAAGACUAGCAGUGACAGUUGGAGAUAGAUGAAGACUAGCAGUGACAGUUGGAGAUAGAUGAAGACUAGCAGUGACAGUUGGAGAUAGAUGAAGACUAGCAGUGACAGUUGUAGAUAGAUGAAGACCAGCAGUGACAGUUGGAGAUGGAUGAAGACUAGCAGUGACAGUUGGAGAUAGAUGAAGACUAGCAGUGACAGUUGGAGAUAGAUGAAGACUAGCAGUGACAGUUGGAGAUAGAUGAAGACUAGCAGUGACAGUUGGAGAUAGAUGAAGACUAGCAGUGACAGUUGGAGAUAGAUGAAGACUAGCAGUUACAGUUGGAGAUAGAUGAAGACUAGCAAUGACAGUUGGAGAUGAUGAAGACUAGCAGUUACAGUUGGAGAUAGAUGAAGACUAGCAGUGACAGUUGGAGAUGUUGAAGACUAGCAGUUACAGUUGGAGAUAGAUUAAGACUAGCAGUGACAGUUGGAGAUGGAUGAAGACUUGCAGUGACAGUUGGAGAUAGAUGAAGACUAGCAGUGACAGUUUGAAGACUAGCAAUUAUAGUUGGAGAUAGAUGAAGACUAGCAAUGACAGUUGGAGAUGCAUGAAGAUUAGCAGUGACAGUUGGAGAUGCAUGAAGAUUAGCAGUGACAGUUGGAGAUGGAUGAAGACUAGCAGUGACAGUUGGUGGUGGAUAAAGAACACUAGAAGAGACGUUUAGAGGGAAUGGAGAAGACUGACAGGGAGGGUUUAUGGUAAGCUGAGGGUCAUGACAAAGACAUACAGGGUUAUUCACUAAAGUUGGAAUACAAGGUGAAUUUUAAACUUAAUGCCAAAAUAGCUCAAUUGGACAAAUUCUUUAAGUCAGCUAUGCUUCCAUUUCAUCUACUUUGGCCCUAAAUUUGAAAUUCACUUUGAUUUCUCACUGUAGUGAAUAACCCUGAUAGUGAAUGGAGCAGGUUAGCAGGGACAGUUUAAGGCACCAAAGAAGGCUAGAUGUGAAUGUUUAAAGGAUCACUAUAACAUGGGUCUUUAGGUCCCCCCCACCCUCAGGGUCCCACUCUCGCCGGGCUGAAGGGGGAGGAAGAGGUUAAACACUUACCUUUCUCCAGUGCCGGGCUCCCUCAGCGCUGGGGAACUCUCCUCCCUCUGCCGACGUCAGCUCUGAAUGCGCAUGCGCAUUCAAUCAGUCCAUAGGAAAGCAUUUCUCAAUGCUUUCGUAUGGACGUCAGCAUAUUCUCACUGUGAUUUUCGCAGUGAGAAGUGCGGAAGUGCCUCUAGCGGCUGUCAAUGAGACAGCCACUAGAGGUUGGAUUAACUCUAUUGUAAACAUAGCAGUUUCUCUGUAGGCUUAACCAUAGAUGGACCUGGCACCCAGACCCAUUGAGCUGAAGUGGUCUGGGUGCCUAUAGUGGUCCUUUAAAUAACCUCUGAGCAGCAACUGUCAGCAUGGUGGGUAAUGGUCACAGGCUAGUAAUAAAAACCUUGCUCUGGGUGCAGAAAGAUACGGAUGGCUUGGUGGGUGAGUGGGCAAUCAUAUAAGUGAGGAGGUGGCAAUGGGUUGUAAGACAUUUUCAGACAUUGUGUAGGUGAUUUAAAAGAGGAGGAGGUCUUUUUGUUAGGAGCUUUGUCCGUUAUCUGAGUGGGUUGAGAAUCAGUUGUGAAAGGAGGCCGUUGCAUGAGUUGGUGGGCAUUCGAAAGUGAGUUGGGGGCUGGUAGGGAUAUUUUUGAUAUUAGUUUUGGUAAUGAUAAAAAAUCAACAAUAUUAAAUAGCAGGGACAAGAGGUGGCUAGCGGAGGGAUCUCAGGUACAGGGUACAGACAAGCAAGGAAAUAUCUAGCAUUGACGAGUCUGGUAGAGAGGUGGUACGUUUAAAGGAUUCACAGGUAGAAUUUGUCCAGGAAGGACAAAGGAUCUCAGGGAGCUAUUUAAGCAACAAGAACAGAGAUUAGUAAGUAAAGGGGAUCAGGCAGACAAGGCUGGGUAUUGGAAGGGGGAUUUCACUGAGAGCUCAGGAGUUUAAAGCAGAGAAAAACACAGAGGAUGGCAUUAAAACUGUCAGGACACAGAACGUGCAGAGUGCCCGGCUGAGAGAUCUCUUGGCAGUUGAAAGUGACGCCUGAGGAUGGUGUGGUUUAUAUUGCUGGUUUCUAGUUAUCUUCAAGCUGAUUGGAGGGCAUUAUUUCUUGAUAAACACGAUUAUACACUAAACUCGGAAUUGGCAGAUAAUCAACAAGAGAAUUGUAAAUGAUAGGCCAAAAUAUCAAAGCUGGGAAAAUAGCAGAUUUUUUAAUUGGUUUUAUUUCUCAAUUUGGAUAUUUUGGCUUGUAUGUAUAAUACCUUUGUCAACUCUCCACAAUUCCUGAUUUAUUAAAUAAACCCCAGAUCAUUUUUUGAGCUGUCACUGGCCUGUACCAGACUUCCGGAUUUAAACUUUAUUGCAUGUUGCUGAGGGGAACAAAGUCUGAAUAAUAUAUCUUUGCAAGCUCUCUUUCCCUUGUUCCCCUCAUUCCCAGCACAUGGGGUGAGUGGGUGCUGUGGUCACACCGAGUGUAGCCAUUUUUUUUGUGGGCACUAUGCCAGGCUGCUAACUAUAUGUUACGGACAGGGUAUUCUUUGAGCUUUCGCUACAGUACUCUGCUUUGUUUUGCUUAUAGCACUUUCCUCUAUUCCAGGAUGAGAGCUCGGUGAGUGAAGACGAGCCGGAUAUGAAUGAAUCCACAUGGACCGAUAAAUCUGGGACCCCCAGUGAAGACGAGAAGAUGCGGAGCCCACACAAUUUGCAGGGUGCGGAUGACGGUGAGUGAUUCUGAAAGUUAUCUCCUACAAUUUUGCAUGUUUACCUGUGCCAAUAGCGUUAGAAAAUAAAGAUGAUUUGUGCAUCUCUUCUGUUGUGCAUACUCUCCUAGACCUGGCUGAGCGUGUUCAUAGUUGUAUUCCAGCAAUAUCGUUUGAUGCCAGCUUGUUAAAUAUAAACUAGUUACUAAGCUCGUUUAAGUAGGAUACUCAUCAACUUUUCAUUCCAGUCAAAAAUUGCAAUAGUUUGUCUCCUUGUUGUUGAAUUCUCCCCUUGAUAACAUUGUAAAGCGCUGCGGUAUAAGUUGGCGCUAUUCAAAUGCCAAUAAUAACUGAGAGCAGUUAGGUUACAGCCCUUUUAAAAUCAGACAGAAUCUCCAGCGCUCACAAGUUACAUGUGGUUCGGAAAGUAAAGGGUUACGGAUCUGUCGAAGGAAUGUGUAGGAGGAAGAGGUCAUAGUUGGUAAGGGGUGUGUUGCAUCUGGAAGAGCUCGGUUGUAAAAGGUAAAUAGAUAUGCUCCAAUUUAGGUCAAAGAUCGUUUCUAUGGAGUUUGGGUAAAGGCCUUUUUGUUCUGUGACCCAAAUUGGUUGGGAGCGGGUAGAUUUGAGAUACAUUUAUAUUGAUCGAACAAUAGGUCUUGUCAGCACUAGGGGUUUCUGGGCGAUAAUAGGAAGCUGGGUGAGUUGCAUUAUGUCUGAUAUAGAAUUCAGUGUCUGCCGUGUGCAAUGUUGCAGUAUUCAGUACCUAGCAGAGAGAUUAACUGCCAUAUUAGGAGCGCAGAUUAUGUGAAUUAGGUAUUUGUUUGUGCGCGAAGCGUUUUGUAUAUUGUGGGAAAGUAAACAAAGGUACAUUAAUGACUGUUGUUUGUUGGAGGAAAAUAAGGGAAAUUGCAAUUUAUAUGGUAAAGUGUAUAUAAUAUGUUUAUUUUAUUACAUUAUGUUUAUACAGUAUGAUUCUGCAAGGCAGGAAAAAGGAACCCAAUAUAUCAGAGGGAAACAGAAUGCACAUUGCAAGAGAAUUAUGGGAGCACUGGAUGUACAGUGAGGUCUAGUGAUGGGAUCUCUGGAUGUACAGUGCGGUCUAUUGAUGGGAUCUCUGGAUGUUCAGUGAGGUCUAGUGAUGGGAGCACUGGAUGUACAGUGCGGUCUAUUGAUGGACGAGCUGGAUGUACAGUGCGGUCUAUUGAUGGACGAGCUGGAUGUACAGUGCGAUCUAUUGAUGGGAGAUCUUGAUGUACAGUGAGCCUUACUGGUAGGAGAUCUGGAUGUAUAGUGAGGUCUAGUGAUUGGAGAUCUGGAUGUGCAGUGAGGUCUAGUGAUGGGAGAUCUGGAUGUACAGUGAGCCUUACUGGUAGGAGAUCUGGAUGUAUAGUGAGGUCUAGUGAUUGGAGAUCUGGAUGUGCAGUGAGGUCUAGUGAUGGGAGAUCUGGAUGUACAGUGAGCCUUACUGGUAGGAGAUCUGGAUGUAUAGUGAGGUCUAGUGAUUGGAGAUCUGGAUGUGCAGUGAGGUCUAGUGAUGGGAGAUCUGGAUGUACAGUGAGCCUUACUGGUAGGAGAUCUGGAUGUAUAGUGAGGUCUAGUGAUUGGAGAUCUGGAUGUGCAGUGAGGUCUAGUGAUGGGAGAUCUGGAUGUACAGUGAGGUCUAGUGAUGGGAGAUCUGGAUGUACAGUGGGGUCUAGUGAUGGGAGAUCUGUAUGUACAGUGGGGUCUAGUGAUGGGAGAUCUGGAUGUGCAGUGAGGUCUAGUGAUGGGAGAUCUAGAUGUACAGUGUGGUUUAGUGGUAGGAGAUCUGGAUGUACAGUGGGGUCUAGUGAUGGGAGAUCUGGAUGUACAGUGGGGUCUAGUUAUGGGAGCUCUGGAUGUACAGUGCGGUCUAUUGAUGGGAGAUCUGGAUGUACAGUGAGGUCUAGUGAUGGGAGAUCUGGAUGUACAGUGCGGUCUAGUGAUGGGAGCACUGGAUGUACAGUGCGGUCUAUUGAUGGACAAGCUGGAUGUACAGUGCGGUCUAUUGAUGGGAGAUCUGGAUGUACAGUGAGGUUUACUGGUAGGAGAUCUUGAUGUACAGUGAGACUUACUGGUAGGAGAUCUGGAUGUGCAGUGAGGUCUAGUGAUGGGAGAUCUGGAUGUGCAAUGAGGUCUAGUGAUGGGAGAUCUGGAUGUACAGUGAGGUUUAGUGAUGGGAGAUCUGGAUGUACAGUGAGGUCUAGUGAUGGGAGAUCUGGAUGUACAGUGGGAUCUAGUGGUAGGAGAUCUGGAUGUACAGUAAGGUCUAGUGAUGGGAGAUCUGGAUGUACAGUGGGAUUUAGUGAUGGGAGAUCUGGAUGUACAGUGGGGUCUAGUGAUGGGAGAUAUGGAUGUACAGUGCGGUCUAUUGAUGGACGAGCUGGAUGUACAGUGCGGUCUAUUGAUGGGAGAUCUGGAUGUACAGUGAGGUUUACUGGUAGGAGAUCUUGAUGUACAGUGAGGUUUAGUGGUAGCAGAUCUGGAUGUACAGUGAGGUCUAGUGAUGGGAAAUCUGGAUGUACAGUGGGGUCUAGUGAUGGGAGAUCUGGAUGUACAGUGGGGUCUAGUGAUGGGAGAUCUGGAUGUACAGUGGGGUCUAGUGAUGGGAGAUCUGGAUGUACAGUGAGGUUUAGUGGUAGGAGAUCUGGAUGUACAGUGGGGUCUAGUGAUGGGAUCUCUGGAUGUACAGUGCGAUCUAUUGAUGGGAGAUCUGGAUGUACAGUGAGGUCUAGCGAUGGGAGCACUGGAUGUACAGUGCGGUCUAUUGAUGGACGAGCUGGAUGUAAAGUGCGGUCUAUUGAUGGACGAGCUGGAUGUACAGUGAGGUUUACUGGUAGGAGAUCUUGAUGUACAGUGAGCCUUACUGGUAGGAGAUCUGGAUGUACAGUGAGGUCUAGUGAUGGGAGAUCUGGAUGUACAGUGGGGUCUAGUGAUGGGAGAUCUGGAUGUACAGUAGGGUCUAGUGAUGGGAGCUCUGGAUGUACAGUGAGGUCUAGUGAUGGGAGAUCUGGCUGUACAGUGCAGUCUGGUGAUGGGAGCUCUGGAUGUACAGUGAAGUUUAGUGAUGGAAGCUCUGGGCGUACAGUGAGGUCUAGUGAUGGGAGAUCUGGAUGUACAGUGAGGUCUAGUGAUGGGAGCUCUGGAUGUACAGUUAGGUCUAGUGAUGGGAGAUCUGGAUGUACAGUGAGGUUUAGUGGUAGGAGAUCUGGAUGUACAGUGGGGUCUAGUGAUGGGAGAUCUGGAUGUGCAGUGUGGUCUAGUGAAUCUGGAUGGGGUAAAAAGAUGAUUCUGGGUGGAUAAAGGGAAGAUCAUGUUAGGUUGAGAUAAAGAGUAUAAGAUUCUGGAUGAGACAAAGGGGAGAUGAUUUUAGGGUGGGUAAACUUGGUAAAGGUUAGAUGGUUCUCGCUGGGGCAGAGGACACAUUAGUCUGGAUGAGGUAACCUUAUAUUAUUUUGAAUGAGGUAAAACGGAAAUGAUUAUGGAUGGGGUAAAGGGGAGAUAGUUCUAGGUCAGGUAGAGAAAAUAUGAUUUAUUGCAGGGUACAGGGGAGAUGACUCUGGGUAGGUAAAGAGGGGGAAUGACUCUGGGUAGGUAAAGAGGGGGAAUGAUUCUGGGUCUGUUAAAGGGAAGAUAAUUUGGGUAAAAUAAUGAAGUGAUGACUCUAGAUUUGGUAAAAGGACAGUAUUCUGCCAGUGGGAGAUGAUUCUAGCUGUAGUAAAGGGAAGGUGAGUCUGGAUGAGGUACGGAGGACAGAACUCAGAGUAGUGGUAUUGGAGACGUGGUUAAAGGGUAGUGGUAUUGGAGAUGUGGUUAAGUGAGAGUAGUGGGGCAAUGAUUCUGGAUGGAGUAAAGGGGAGAGAUGGGUAUGGGAUAAAUGGUGAGAUGUGAGGUAAAGGGGAGAUGAUGGGAUAUGGGGUAAAGUGGGUAUGAUUAUGGGUGGGGUGAAGGGAAGAUGAUUGGUUAAGGGGGAGAUGAUGGGGUAAAUGGGAGAUGGUUUUGUGUGGGGUGAAUGGGAGAUGGUUUUGUGUGGGGUGAAUGGGAGAUGGUUUUGGGUGGGGUAAAGGGGAGAUGGUUUUGGGUGGGAUGAAUGGGAGAUGGUUUUGGGUUGGGUAAAUGGAAGAUGGGGAUGGGGUAAAGGGGAGAUGAUUGUGGAUGUGGUAAAUGGGAGAUGGUUUUUGGUGGAUGGGUAAAGAGGUUUUUUGGUGGGGUGAAUGGGAGAUGACGAUGGGGUAAAGGGGAGAUGGUUUUGGGUGGGGUGAAUGGGAGAUGAUUGUGGAUGGGGUAAAGGGGAGAUGGUUUUGGGUGGGGUGAAUGGGAGAUGGGGUAAAUGGGAGAUGGUUUUGUGUGGGGUGAAUGGGAGAUGGUUUUGUGUGGGGUGAAUGGGAGAUGGUUUUGUGUGGGGUGAAUGGGAGAUGGUUUUGUGUGGGGUGAAUGGGAGAUGGUUUUGUGUGGGAUGAAUGGGAGAUGGUUUUGGGUGGGGUAAAGGGGAGAUGGUUUUGGGUGGGAUGAAUGGGAGAUGGUUUUGGGUUGGGUAAAUGGAAGAUGGGGAUGGGGUAAAGGGGAGAUGAUUGUGGAUGUGGUAAAUGGGAGAUGGUUUUUGGUGGAUGGGUAAAGAGGUUUUUUGGUGGGGUGAAUGGGAGAUGACGACAGUGUAUGUGGACAUUUGUCUUGGGUGGGGUAAAGUGGAGAUGAUUGUGGAUGGGGUAAAGGGGAGAUGGUUUUGGGUGGGGUAAAGUGGAGAUGAUUGUGGAUGGGGUAAAACGGAGAUGGUUUUGGGUGGGGUACAAGGGAGACAGUUCUGUGUUUGAGAAGUUCACCGUUAAUUCUGUGCUAUUUAUGAAGUAUGCAUAUAUUCAAUCUAUACAAUGUGUCCAUAUCUAUAGGUCAUGGGGUGAAUGGGAGGUGACGUGGAUGGGGUAAAGGGGAGAUGGUUUUGGGUGGGGUAAAGUGGAGAUGAUUGUGGAUGGGGUAAAAGGGAGAUGGUUUUGGGUGGGGUACAAGGGAGACAGUUCUGUGUUUGAGAAGUUCACCGUUAAUUCUGUGCUAUUUAUGAAGUAUGCAUAUAUUCAAUCUAUACAAUGUGUCCAUAUCUAUAGGUCAUGCAGGUAAUUACAGCCUCUGUGUAAUGUCAGAAGACGGCUAGCUGGAGGACGGCUAAUACAGCGUAAUCCAUGCAAGAUCAAGUGAGAUUGUAUGGGGGAUGGGAGACCCUUCAAAACCUUAAUCCACAGACCCUCUCGCCUCUCCUAUGUAUUCACAGCCACAGAUCAGUGAGACACACAGCCAUUUACAGCACUGGGAUACACACAGCUAUAUACAGCACUGGGAUAAACAGCUAUAUACAGCACUGGGAUACCCAAAGCUAUAUACAGCACUAGGAUAAACAGCUAUAUACAGCACUGGAACACACAGCUAUAUACAGCACUGGAAUACCCAAAGCUAUAUACAGCACUGGAAUACCCAAAGCUAUAUACAUCACUGGAAUACACACAGCUAUAUACAGCACUGGGAUACACCCCUAUAUACAGCACUAGGAUAAACAGCUAUAUACAACACUGGAACACACAGCUAUAUACAGCACUGGAAUACACAUCUGUAUAUACAACACUGGAAUACACACAGCCAUAUACAGCACUCGAACACACAGCUAUAAACAGCACUGGGAUACACCACUAUAUACAACACUGGAAUACACACAGCCAUUUACAACACUGGAAUACACAGCCAUAUACAGCACUGGGACACACAGCCAUAUACAGCACUGGGACACACAGCCAUAUACAGCACUGGGACACACAGCCAUAUACAGCACUGGAACACACAGCCAUAUACAGCACUGAAAUACACACAGUUAUAUACAGCACUGGAACACACACAGCCAUAUACAGCACUGGGACACACAGCCAUAUACAGCACUGGAACACACAGCUAUAUACAGCACUGGAACACACAGCUAUAUACAGCACUGGAACACACAGCCAUAUACAGCACUGGAAUACACAUCUGUAUAUACAACACUGAAAUACACACAGCCAUAUACAGCACUGAAAUACACACAGUUAUAUACAGCACUGGAACACACAGCUAUAUACAGCACUGGAAUACACAUCUGUAUAUACAACACUGGAAUACACACAGCCAUAUACAACACUGGAAUACACAGCCAUAUACAGCACUGGGACACACAGCCAUAUACAGCACUGGAACACACAGCCAUAUACAGCACUGGGACACACAGCCAUAUACAGCACUGGGACAUACAGCUAUAUACAGCACUGGAACACACAGCCAUAUACAGCACUGGGACACACAGCCAUAUACAGCACUGGGACACACAGCCAUAUACAGCACUGGGACACACAGCUAUAUACAGCACUGGGAUACACAGCUAUAUACAGCACUGGGACACACAGCCAUAUACAGCACUUGGACACACAGCCAUAUACAGCACUGGGACACACAGCCAUAUACAGCACUGGGACACACAGCCAUAUACAGCACUGGGACACACAGCUAUAUACAGCACUGGGACACACAGCUAUAUACAGCACUGGAACACACAGCCAUAUACAGCACUGGGACACACAGCUAUAUACAGCACUGGGACACACAGCCAUAUACAGCACUGGGACACACAGCCAUAUACAGCACUGGGACACACAGCCAUAUACAGCACUGGGACACACAGCCAUAUACAGCACUGGGAUACACAGCUAUAUACAGCACUGGGACACACAGCCAUAUACAGCACUGGGACACACAGCCAUAUACAGCACUGGGACACACAGCCAUAUACAGCACUGGGACACACAGCUAUAUACAGCACUGGGACAUACAGCUAUAUACAGCACUGGGACACACAGCCAUAUACAGCACUGGGACACACAGCUAUAUACAGCACUGGGAUACACAGCUAUAUACAACACUGGAAUAUACAGCCAUAUACAGCACUGGAACACACAGCUAUAUACAGCACUGGGACACAGCCAUAUACAGCACUGGAACGCACAGCUUUAUACAGCACUGGGAUGCACCGCUAUAUACAGCACUGGGAUAAACAGCUAUAUACAGCACUGGAAUGCACAGCUAUAUACAGCACUGGAAUGCACAGCUAUAUACAGCACUGGAAUGCACAGCUAUAUACAGCACUGGAAUGCACAGCUAUAUACAGCACUGGAACACACAGCUAUAUACAGCACUGGGAUACACAGCUAUAUACAGCACUGGAACACACAGCUAUAUACAGCACUGGGAUACACAGCUUUAUACAGCACUGGGACAUACAGCUAUAUACAGCACUGGGACACACAGCCAUAUACAGCACUGGAACGCACAGCUUUAUACAGCACUGGAAUGCACAGCUUUAUACAGCACUGUAUAUUAGUAUGUAGCAGACACAGAGACUGUGAUAUCCUGUAACAGACAAUGAGUGUAGAUGUCUCUUUCAGUAUGUGUAGAGAGCACGUGCUUGUCUGUCACAGUUCUUACAUCUGCUGUCCUUACCGCGGUGUCUUUGUGCCGAGGUAACAGGUAGUGGAUUGGUUUGGAUUCCCUCCCCCCCCUUCCUUCCUCAGUUCACCCCUAAAUGAUCCACUAGUUGAUAACACUAAUCUAGAAGACAUUCCAAUGUGUAUCUGCAAAGUUGGUCCCUUUCCAAAUAUAAAAGUUCCCCUUCUUCCUUGUCAAACUCUGGUGUUUAAUAUGAUCAAGAUUAAGGCAAACCUUUCACAUUAAUAUGCUGGGAGUCUGACUUCUCAGAACAAACAUAUGAUAGAACAGCGUUGUGCAAGAGCCCCCUACACUACAUACCCCCGGCAAUUGUCAUCGAGUGAUCACCAUCAGCUUUGGCUAUAAUAGAAAUGGUCACCAAAAAUGGCAAAGUUGCUAUUGACACACGCACUUAACCUGCCAAGUUGGUUUAAUUCAGAGUAAGACAUCGCUGGCUUUUCCAUUUGGGCUCUGCGUUCUUCAGUGGUCCUUCAGAUGUGGUUUGAUGAUUUCCAGAGUCGUUUGGAACCCAAAAUGGGGUCUCCAUGCUAUCUCAGUGUGUCCCAUUGGCAGGAAUAUUCUUUUUGUCAGGCCCCUGGCAGUUGCAAGCCCAAAAAAUGAUUACAGAAGCAGUGCAAAUGAGGCCUUUAUAAUACUAGGAAGGGUCAAGAGAAGGUGUUUUUCUGAAUGUAUUUUAAUUAUUUGACAGUUUAGGAGUGCGUUACUGAGCUCAUUUUGGAAUUGAAGAAUGAGUUACCAUGAAAUAUCACAUACAUAAUCUCUUUCCAAGAAGGUUAACAGUCACAGAUUUAGCCAGAUCAAGUGAUUUGUUCACAAGAGGCACUAUUUGGCACAUUAUAUUUCUCUUGGUAUAAGCAAGUACUGUUGACAGGAUUUCUAGAGUUCUAGACAGUCACCUAGCUUUAUAUUGUCAUUUUGUCUUUUCAGAUGAUUCUUCUUCAGAGAGCUGUAAUGGCAAUGUCUUCUCCACUUUGAACCCGUCCACUGUCCCACCUAGUACAGCUCGAGAUGCAUCACUUCCUGAUAUAAAUGGGAAUUCCACAGGCUCUACUGUGGAACUCACUGCCUCAACUGAAGACCAACCCAUCAAUCUCAGUGACAAGGUGCGCCCAUCUGUUGGAGUUCCACCAUACCCAACUGAUGGCUGUACCACUGAAGCCCUACGUAAUCGUGGAAAAUAUGUCCUCAAGGCAGAGGUGGGUGACUUUGAAGUGGGAAAGGGGAGAGUGGAUAUAACCGAGAGGUCAUAUUCUAAUUUUCUGUCUCCUUUCUUAGUCUCCACCUUAUAGCUCUGGAAGUUACGACUCCGUUAAGACAGAUGUUAGCGGAUGCGCUGAAGACCUGACGGUUGGACGGACUCCUGUAGGUGAUGACGAUGAUGAUGAUGACCAUGAAGAUAACGAUCGAAUCACAGACACAGAAGGGCUGGACCCUGAACGUCUCAAAGCUUUUAAUGUGAGUCAAAAUGUAUUUUCCCUGUAAUAAACGUCAUUAGUGCAGAGCAUAACAUUGACCAACUUGAUACAGUUUAUUAAAUUUUCUUCCAAGAAAUUCCUGGCAGUCCCACACAAUGCUUCUUUCUUUUUAGAUGUUUGUUCGUCUGUUUGUGGAUGAAAACCUUGACCGCAUGGUUCCCAUUUCCAAACAACCCAAGGAGAAGAUUCAAGCCAUUAUCGAGUCCUGCAGCCGCCAGUUUCCAGAAUUCCAAGAGCGCGCACGCAAACGCAUCCGCACAUACCUGAAAUCCUGCCGACGCAUGAAGAAGAAUGGAAUGGAGAUGGUGAGAACAGAAGCGAGAGAUUCCGGUGUGAAAUACCUGCAGGUGGUUAACUGGUGUUUGUGACAUAACUGCUGUUGGUUUCCUAGUCUAUCAUACACAUGUAUGCACAUAGUCUACGGGUCUGCAGGAUGUGACAAUAAAUUCAGGGAACUCUUGCAGGGACAGGUAGUUUGUGGUUACAAUAUUUCGACGUGACAAAUAUUUACCUUAUUUCUCUCCUUAUCUGUAUUAUGCAGGCCAGGCCAACCCCACCUCAUCUUACCUCUGCCAUGGCGGAAAACAUACUGGCAGCCGCCUGUGAGAGUGAGUCACGGAAAGCUGCCAAGAGAAUGAGGCUUGAAAUCUACCAGAAUGCUCAGGUACGCUGGACAGUGAUCAGCUAGAAUUAAAAGGCAGGAGCUCAAAGCGAAUUUCAAAUGUUAGGCCAUAUUAACCGAAUUGCAAAAACUCCCCAAUUCAGCCAUGGUUUUCAUAUUUUUUGAUAUUUUGACCUUUUGACUUUAAAUUCACUUUGAAUUCCUGAGAAUUCACAUUUUAGGGAAUUACUCUAUUAUAUAUAAUAUAUUAAAACUGAAAUACAAAAAAUCUACAAAUAUAUACUUACCGGUACCUUUGAAGUUCCUGCAUUUGCCCUGAAACCUGAUCAGUCUAGGAAGUAGCUGACAGCAGUUUCAUUCAUCGGAAAAUGUAAAUGGAACUACUGCUCACGCUGAUAGCAGCCGCAGCAAAGCAGAACUCCUUAUACUGUUAUGAGCGCAGCUAUAGAUGCAACGUUGCAUGGCUACAUCCACGUUUCCAGCGAGAAGACAGUUUCAGGGACCUCUUUCCUCCUUGAUCUAUGACAUGCAAUAGAUAUAAUUUGUUAUGUUCUUAAAGAAAAAAAAAACUGGUGGUCCACAAAUAUGACUUUCCCAUAAUAGCCAAUUUCCGUGCGAUUUCACUUGCUGUAUGCCAUGCUGUGCGGUGAGUGUAUUGCUCAUAGAUGUUUUCACUUCCCAUCCUACACAGGAAGACAGCGUUUCAAUGGAGAAACCCGCAGGACUUGCACAAUCCACAUACUCUCUGCCGUCAGGCACCUUUAACCAGGACCCUGUGUAUGUGAAUGGUAGUCUCCACUAUACCUACCGCGGAUAUGGGCCCAUCGGAGGGAACCUUCCACCUCCCACUCCACUGCCAACCGGAAACCACAGCAACGGUAUGGUUCUAAUUACACCCACUGGCACCCAGAUGGAUAGCACAUAUGAUAAAUUAAUUUCUCUCUUUUUUCUUUUUAGUUUUGUAUACUCUCUUCUUUGAGCCCAUUACAGCACAUCGAUUUUAUCACCUCUCUAUUGGAAUAUAUACAAACCAAUUGCCUUUCCGUAUCUACAUAGCAUGUUGAUUUCUUUGAAUAUUUAAACUUUUUCAUUACAUAGAUCAUUUAUUUGAGCAGCACACAGUGGGAUUUAUGCACUGAACUCUAAAUUGUAGCAAAUCGAAAAAAUCUGAAUAGCAAGUUUUCGGCUUAAAAAAAAUCCAAGCUGUGACUGCAGCUCUAGAAUUGUUGAUUUUAUUGAGAUCAGCUGUUUUUACCUAAAUUUAGCUUUUCUGGAUUUCAGUUAUCUCCUCCUCCAGUUAAAUGUUUCUGUUAGGUUUGUUUUCUAAACUGAGAGUGAUGGAGAAUUAACAAGAGAACUUCACAUUUUAGACCAAAGUAACCAAACUGGAAAAGUUCUCCAAUCUCUGCUUUCUUGGUCUGAAUUUGAACAGUUCACACUUGUGAAAGUUUGUGGAAUCUGCUGCCCUGCAGUAUGUAGAAUUCAUAUUAAGCUGCAGAAUUAUGCCUUGAUAAUCCGUUUUGCCUACUGCAGGACAGGACUUUAUCUUGUCUCACCAACAUAUCCCUUCUAUUAAUAGGUCCAACUGACCUCAGUAUGAAAGCUUUGGCUACCGGUAGCACUCACUCCAAUGCCACCAACAGGGCAAUCCCAUGUGCCCAACUGAGUCCCACCGAGAUCGGCGCUGUUCGGCAGCUCAUUGCCGGGUAUCGAGAAUCGGCGGCCUUCCUGUUGCGCUCUGCUGAUGAACUGGAAAACUUGAUACUGCAGCAGAAUUGACUGGUGCUUCUGCUUGACCUCCAACCUCAAAUUCUUGUUUUAAGUCUGGGACAAGUCAAAGAGACGUCUCCUCACCCUCCAGACAAAGUCACAGGCACUGAACCUGCCAUAUGUCCUCCGCAGGAGCCGUGCAUUUCACAGGGACAUAUGGGGACUGUCUCUGCACUAAUAGGUUUCCCUUUUGCACCCUACGUCUAGAAUGAAAUCUCUCCAGCCCAGCUGACAAGAACCACUUAUUUAUUGAGAACGGAAUUUCUUUUAGUAAUUUAUUUUUCUGACAAUGUUUUUUUUUUCUUUUGUUUGUACAGAAUAGUUGUUUGUAUCUGUUUAAUGAACUGUAGCAUUGAACUGACAUUCCAUCUCCCCCUGCACUUACACUUUCUCACCAACUUGAUGAACCCUAAACCCCAUCUCCGUAUAAAUCUACUGUUCUCAUUCCAUCCCCAAAAUAUACUUCAGCCCUAAACAGCCAUCUGCCCUCUAAAGCAUCUGAUCAUCUAACUCGUCCUUAAACCCGUCCAGCCAUCUACCUUCGUGUCCUUACCAGUGUCCCAUCAUGUUUUAACAGUGAGCUUUUAUCUGCCUUCAUGUCUCUAACAAUGUCCCAUCACCUUCCUCCUUGCCCUUAACACUGCACAACUUGUUCUGUGUUCUUAACCAUCACCGCUAUUGCUAAACUUAACCUUGUCCCACCAGUUCUUUCCAUACCCGCAACUUUCAUUACUCGUUUCUUUAUAACCGUAUAUAUAUAUCCCAUUAUCUAUCGCUCUGCCCUAAACCCCAUCCUUCUUUUUUCCUCAAGACUGUCCAACCACUUCUAUCUCUGCCCUUAUCCUUGUCCCACCAUCCAGCUCCAGGGUUCAGGCCAUUGAAUUGUAUCUCACAAAUGUUGAAUGAAUCCAUUAACACUAGGACCAUUAGCAAUCCCAAAAACCUAGACCAUUCCGCCAUCUCUAUAAUAGGACCAUUGCCUCCAAGCUUAGAUCCUUCUCAGCAUGAGUAAGUGCCAGGAUGUCCUCCAUGUCUCCUCACAUCCAACCAACGUGUGGUCACUGGGGAGCUGAGUCAUUAAUACACUAAUGUUAGCUCGCUGCUGCUAUUACUCACCUUUCUUCAGGUAAACUCAGCUGUCCCUGGGCACACCUUGGAUGUCUAACCUCUUCUGCUUGGUAUUGUUUUCCUCAGAUUUUUGCACAGAAAGUAGCAAAUGGUAUAUUUUGCUUUACAUAAUAACUCAGGCAGACAACACUCACAACCCUCAAUCUGCACUUCCACUUUUUAUAAUCAGGCAGAUAAUAUCCGUACUCUUAAUGUAGGUCCGACUGUGUUAUUCGUAAAAUCUCCCACCCACUACUCUUGCGCUAACAAGAAGUGCACUCAGCUUUUCCUGUUGGUCCGUCUCAUUUCACAAUAUUUGCAUUGUCUGUCCUGUUUGUAAUUAGUUUGUAUUUGUUAUUAGUUCAGUGGACCACUGUUGUUUUUUAUGCUUUUUUUAAAUGUACUGACCAUUCCAUGUACCCUCAGCCUGUUCACAGGGGGGGGUGUAACAGUUGUAGUGCUAAGCGGGGUAGUGAUGCUACACAUCGUCUCAUGUUGCACGCACCAAUGGCACUGAAUGGGUAUCAAGCACUUCCUUUAAACUGGUUAAAUGCGGAUCUCUAAGAAGAUCACGGUUCUAAAUGGGGCCAACUUCAAAGACCUUUCUAACAUUGCGUCUGUACCGCCAGCUGGUAAGGCAGCGAAUGUGAAUAUAGGUGAGUAACCAUUUGUUGUGGCAAUGCUGCUCUUGAGAUAGCUGUGGAUUCACUACUGAUCAAUGAACUUGAUAUUGCAAGUCCAACCAUGGUUGGGAAACAUUGUAUAUAGGGGAAAUAUCAGUGCAAUCUUUUCAGUUUUUCUGGUGUUCACUCAGAACUUUGUUGCGGUUAAUCGAUUUUCCUGUAACCUCAGUUUCCUAAAUGAACUCUAUUGCUCCAGGAACUGUUUGUUCUGUACAUUUCAGUAAAUGCCGCUACAAGCACUCUCCCACCACAACCACUUCUUGAUCAUUACUGUAACAGAACAAGAGAAACCUCUAUGCUUUCGUUGUAUGAUAGAGUGAAACUGGAACGAUCCAGUCUUUCUGUGCUAAAUACUUCCAAAAGCUUUACGUGCAGCCAACAUGAAUCUUUGGUAUUUUAAUUUCCUCCUGUUUUUGGACUCAGUGAAAGUGUCCUGUUUACAUGUACAGAUGUCCCAGCUACUGCAAGACUAGGUAGAGAAAAUGCCAUUUAAAGCUCUUCUGCUCAUCAAAGCCGGCGGCUGUAACCCAUAUGCACACGUUCUCUGCCCCUUUUCAGAUAAAGACCUAGAAUCAGUUCUAAUAGUACUCUGUACGGCAUUAUUCACACAGUCCCAACAGCUCUUUCAAAUCACCAUAACCGCUCAGGUUUUACAGAAACUCAGUCCAGAUCUAUCAGUGAAUCAAUUCUUUCAAAUCCACAUGACACCACGCACAGUUAGGGACCAAGGGGUAUUGUUUUAUAAACCAGACAUCUAAGUGGAAUGCUACGGUGAAGACCAAACUGAAAACAAAGCAGGAUACAUAUAGGAUUUAUGCAGGGGUUUUAAAAGAAUAGCUGUCACCAUGGAAACCAGUGGAAUGUUCUUGCAGAGUUUAUUGGUUUCUAUGGAGAUUACUUCACUUUUAAAUCACCUCCCCUAGUAUACUUUAAUACAUUCAUUCAUGAUGGCAACUUACUCCAGAGCUCAGCUCCUCCCAUUGCACAACAAAUUUACCAGAAAACCUCCUCCAUUACAGCAUUGACUCCCUCCUGUAUACACCAUCACACUACAUCAGUGGUUCCCAACCAAGUCCUCAAGUACCCCCUAACAGUCCAGGAUUUAGGGAUUACCCAGUUGUGUCUAACAUGUUUUUAGAAAGGAAAAACACACACUUUAGACACAACUGGGUAAUCCCUAAAUCCUGGCCUGGUAGGGGGUACUUGAGGACUGGGUUGGGAACCAUUGCACUACAGUACCCUCGCACUACAGCAUUGACCCCCUCCUGUAUACACCAUCACACAACAGCACCGACAAAUGUGCAUCCACCAUCACACUACAGCAUUGACUUCCUCCUGUAUACACCAUCACACAACAGCACGGACACGUGCAUCAACCCUCACACUACCACAUUGACCCCCUCCGGUAUACACCAUCACACAACAGCACCGACAAAUCUGCAUCCACCGUCACACUACAGCAUUGACUUCCUCCUGUAUACACCAUCACCGACAAAUGUGCAUCCAACCUCACACUACAGCAUCGACUCCCUCCUGUAUACACCAUCACCGACAAAUGUGCAUCCAACCUCACACUACAGCAACAACUCCCUCCUGUAUACACCAUCACACUACAGCACCGACAAAUGUACAUCCACCGUCACACUACAGCAUUGACUUCCUCCUGUAUACACCAUCACACAACAGCACCGACAAAUGUGCAUCCACCCUCACACUACAGCAUGGACUCCCUCCUGUAUACACCAUCACACAACAGCACGGACACAUGUGCAUCAACCCUCACACUACAGCACAGAAACACAUGUACAUCCAUUCUUACUCUACAGCACUAGCAGACGUGGCAUACACCCUCACCAUAUCAUCAACUCCCAACUAUAUACACCAUCACACUACAGCAUAGAAAUACAUGCGCAUUCACUCUCAUCUACAGCAUCAACUUCCACCUGUAUAUACCAUCAAACAGCACUGACACAUGUACAUACACACUACAGCGUCCACUCCCACCAGUAUACACCAAACCGCACUGACACAUGUACAUCCACUCCCACCUAUAUACACCAAACAGCAGACACAUGUAUAUACACACACUACAGCGUCCACUCCCACCAGUAUACACCAAACAGCACUGACACGUACAUCCACACACACUACAGCGUCCACUCCCACCUGUAUACACCAAACAGCACUGACACAUGUACAUCUCCCACCUGUAUACACCAAACAGCAGACACAUGUACAUCCACACACACACUACAGCGUCCACUCCCACCAGUAUACACCAAACAGCACUGACAUGUACAUCCACUCCCACCUGUAUACACCAUCAAACAGCAGACACAUGUACAUCCACACACACACACAUACAGCAUCCACUCCCACCAGUAUACACCAAACAGCACGGACCCAUGUACAUCCCCACACACACAUUACAGCAUCCACCCCCACCAGUAUACACCAAACAGCACCAACACAUGUACAUCCACACACACUACAGCGUCCACUACCUGAAUAAACCAUCACACUACAGACACAUUCUCCCUCACCCUACAACACAUGCAGAUGUGCACAUCCACCUUAAAUAUAGCAUCGACUCCUGCCUAUAUACACCUUCAUAUCACAGCACAACACAUAAGCAUCCCCCCUAACACUACUACAGACACAUGCGCAUACACCCUCACACUACAGCACUGAGUCUCUCCCAAAUACACCCAUGCACUACUCCAUCUUCCACUGUAUGUACCCUCACUCAACAGUAUCGACUUCCACCCGUAUACAACCCCGCACUAUAGUAUCUACUCCCAUGUGCAUCCACUUACACUGUAUGAGUCUAUAGCAUCAACUCCCACCCGCACCGACCCUUGCACUAUAGCAUCAAACGCUUCCCCAACAGCAUUCAUUGUUGCACUACAGCAGACUUCAAAACAGCGAGACUUGGCUCUUUUAAGCAGAUGAGGACUUUUUACAAUAUACAUAUAUAAUAUAUGAAAUAUAUUUAUUGUUUACUGACAGUGCUUUCUUUAUAAGUAAAUGUGGUUAUUAAAUAUCUUAAUUUGUAGGAUUUUUUUUUUGUCAUAAGAUGUGUUGUGUUUAGCAGACAGUCCUAUCAUUUUACCCAGAGACCAAUGAGCUGUCUUAUCACACUGUAAAAUCCAUGGUAUUAAAUGCUAAAUGCACUGACUUGCCACAAAGUGGAUGCCCCCCUUUUUAAUAUGUAUGUCAUAUGUAAGGCUGCAUAAAGAACACUGCAUAAUAAAUUUUCCCGC